AUGGCAACUUUUAAAGAACUGAAAUUUGUUCCUAGAGUCAAAUCAUCAGCCAUAAGUUCUCCUGAUCCCAGUUCAAAGAACAUCCCAAAAGAAUACAGAUACCCGAAGGCCGGCUGCAGCAGAGCUCCGUGUCCCAGCCACCACAGAAUCGCAGCCUCCCCCGGGGAACCCCUCUGCCGCCGCGCCCCGGCCCGUUCUCCCUCAGAGGCGGGAGGGCCCCGGGGACCCGUCCCUCGCCGGUACCGACUCGGAAAGAGGGGCUCCUCCACACCCGGACGGGGCACCUCCGGGGACCCUUCCUCAGCCCACGGAUUCCGCCCCCUCAGCGGGCACCUACCGAGGGGGAGCCCGCGGGCGGCGCUGAGGGGAACGGCCGCACGCGCCCCAGCGCCCGCCUCAGCGCCCGCCAGGUGCAGGCGCACGCGGCGGGGGAGGAGCCGCUGGCGCGAGGCCGGCCGGCCGGCAGCGCCGGAGCGGCGCCAGCGAUGGAAAGGCGUCGGGAGGAGCCUUCAACGCAGGCGCGGUGGCCAAGUGGUAAGGCGUCGGUCUCGUAAACCGAAGAUCACGGGUUCGAACCCCGUCCGUGCCUUAACGGGUCCGCGCCGGUGGCAGCUUCCCCGAUCCUUUUUAAGGGCAGGCGGGAGCGGCGGCUCGGGACCGGUACGGCUCCAGGGGCGGCAUUGCACCGCACCCAGCGCAAGUAACGCUCCGCGGAGUGUCGCUGCUGCUGCUCCUGGCCUCAGGAAACAACCGGACAAACAACCACCAUCACUUGCGCGUCACCUUGGUCAAACCACCGUCCUCACCGCUGUCCUUACACCGGCCACGUUUUCCUUCAGAGCGUCUAACCCGGACCUAAGGGAGUCUGGACCUCACCUUGAAGAAGCAAGAGGAGAAGAUGGUUCCAAACGUGCAAGGAAAAGCUGUCUACCAGCGCCAAGAAAAACUCCCUGUCACUUUGGAGCAGGGGCGGAGAGGUGGGGCCGGUUCUGCUGGGGGGUGACGGGCAACGCUGCCCCGUCUCCCAGUAUGAGCCACCACCCCACGCUUCAGACACAGCUGGGCCAGCAGCGUCACGAGCAGCCAGGACACAGCUUGGGGACGCUGAGGGGACCAGCCGCCAAACCAGCACACCCAGUCAGGGGCUGACAGUGCUUAGAACCAUCCCAACGUGCUACAGAUGGAGGGAAAUCCCCCUGGAUUCCCGUGUGGUGCCCACUCACCAGCUCCAGCUCCACUGCCCUCUGGUUGGGCCACACCGACACUUCUGGUUUCUUCCCCACAAACCCUUCGUCUUGCAAACUGCACCAUUCUUGUCCAGAAUCAAAUCUGUGCAAUUGCUGUAUGAACAAAAAUAACUGUCAUUGACUAUGUACACUAUGUUCUGUAAAAUCUUUUACAAUAAAAUACAUAAAUUCUGUUGGUAGGUCAAAAUCAUCA